CUGCUCCGCUGUGCGAUGGAUUAGCAGCUCAGACAGCAGCGUUAUGGAGUCCCUCAGCCGGCCCGUACUCCUCUGGGCUCUGGCUCUCAGCCUCUGCGCCUCACCUUCGCUCGCUGACACAAAAUUUGGUUGCCUCUUUGAAGACGAGCUCUGCACACCGUAUGAAUUCUGCGUCAACGAUGGAUUGUUCGGAAGGUGCCAGGAGUUGGCUGGUGCAGACCUGCGCACAUACGAUAUGUCUUCCUCUGCUGUGCAGCGCCUCAGGAACCUCCUACAGAAACUGGCUCACAGAGGUCUGACAUGGCAGGAUGACAUCACCCAGCAGGUCAUUUCUGGAGAACUCUCCAAACUGAGGAGUAUCCCGCUUCACCAUAAGGCAACACCUCCUAGUCCCGUGAAUUCUCAUAGCAACACCAGAGACAGGAAACUGAGGCCUUUAUCACUGGACCUUAGCAGAAACCUUCAGGAGUACUUGACCGGUUUGGGCUUCUUGUCUCAGUCUGCAGGAUCUGAAGAACUGACAACCCAACAACAUGGUGCCAGAGUUCAGGAUGAGGAUAUCAGGCCUGAUGAUCAUUUGGAAUUGAGCAGGCCAAAGCCCCAGCAGGCUUGGAAAGAGACCACUAUCUACAGCCUACAGAAAGGAGCUGGCCAACCUCCAGUCACAAAAGUCUUUACGCAGAGUGGAGAGGGCAGGCACCCCCAGCUCAGUAAAGUCUACUCCAGCAAGGACCCAGGACAAACUAAGCUGCUUUCCAACCAACUACAGCAGCUGUUUGCAGGGGCACCAGGCGCUCAGCGGGCCAGCCCAGACAGUGAGGCUCUGUGGCCCAAAGGACAACCACACUAUCUCAGUAACAUCCAGACAGCAUCAAGUGACCAUGCAGAGCUGCCGUCUCGGUUGGAUUUUUUUGGCUCCAAAACCCCAAGGCCGACUUUAGAUAGACUGCUGUUCAAGGCUGGCUCGAACCAUCUGUCUGCCAAAAAGCCCCUUAGUGUUAUGGAUGAGCGAUUCAUCCAGAAUAUGGUGAACCAACUGGGAAGUCACAAUGUCAACAUGGAGACUUUAAUGGGCAAAGACCUGGACCGGCUGAGCAAAGUCAUCACAGCAGCUCUGCAGGAGGUGGAUGAGGAACGGCUCCCAACUGGGGCCCAGCUGGGUCCAGGAGCCGCUGAUUCCAAGGCGGACAUGCAGGGUAACAGGGAGCCACUGGCAAUCAUGGAAGUGAAUCAAAAAUCAAGACCAGCUCCUCAAAAAGAGCAGGACCCAAAUGACAAAGAUAUGCUGAGAGCAAAACAACACGAUCAACAAGUAGACGGUACAAACAAAGAGCCUACUGAAAAGCAUGAAGCCUUCUUCUCCAAACUGCUGGACUACCUCAACCUGGAACCAUUCGGUGAUGCGCCGAAGGUCAGCCAUGGGCCAGAAGCUUCUAGUGGCCUUUACAAAAUGGUUGGAAUGGAGAAUGUCCAUAGCCGGACAACCCAGGGCCGUGUUUCUGUACCUCACGGCUGGGAGGAGAAGACUGUGGUUGUGCCUAUCAAUAGCGCCUCCACCCUGCAUUUGACCAGUGCUGCAGAGGAACCUGAUGCACAGGUAGACUCUGAGAUCCAGAGGUGGAUGCAGGCAAUGCAGGACACUACUGGGAAGAAACAGCUGGAGGACCUGCAGAAGAAGGACAUGAGAGUCAAAACCCAGUUGGUUCAUGUUGGUGUGAAGGAGUUCUCCAGCAGAGGGAAGGACAGACAUUUCGGCUACAUUAUUACCGGAUCAGACUCCCUCACGAGUGACGAGGGCGUGAACCUGAUGGAGCACCUGGCACAAAGGCUCCGCCUCCAUGCCUCGGACCUCACCCAGCUCUCUGUCCUGGGUCCAGCGUUAACUUUCAGGGUUGGGCCAAACUCUAAUAAUGUGACCACUGCAGACAUGGUCCAAGUUGCCGUUCAACACAAGCAGCAGCUGGAGAAGGAGACGGGCCUGAAGAUAGUGGAGGCUGGAGUCAGUGAUAGAGGCAGUCUGACCCAGAUCCCUGUGGUGAAGGAGACCAGGGUGGAGUCUGGCCAGUUCCUUCUCCUCUCCGUCCUCUGCAUGCUCUUCAUCCUGGUCGUCCUGGCAGCAUCCGCCGCUUUCUUCUGCGUUCGCCAGCGCUCCCACCUCCGGAUGAAGGAGAAGCUGGCCAGCCUGGGGACUGACACCAACACUGAUGCCACCGCAACCUAUCAGGAGCUGUGUCGCCAGCGUAUGGCAAUCCGGACAUCAGAGCGAGUUGAGCGGCCCGAGACGGUGCGCCACUCACGGCUCAACAGCGUAUCAUCACAGUUCAGUGAUGGUCCUGCUGCCAGCCCAUCAACCCGCAGUAGCACCUCCUCCUGGUGUGAAGAGCCGGUCCCAUCCAACAUGGACAUCUCCACUGGUCACAUGAUACUGUCAUACAUGGAGGACCACUUGAAGAACAAGAACCGACUAGAACGAGAGUGGGAGGCCCUGUGUUCAUACCAAGCAGAGCCCGGGGCCUGCAGUGUGGGCCGAGGUGACCAGAACUCCAAGAGGAACCGCCCAGACGCUGUGGUUGUAUACGAUCACUCCAGGAUCACCUUGAAAGCGGAGAAUAACCACAGCAACUCUGAUUACAUCAAUGCCAGUCCAAUAAUGGACCAUGACCCUCGUUACCCAACUUACAUCGCCUCGCAAGGCUCGCUUCCUUCCACUGUGGCAGACUUCUGGCAGAUGGUGUGGGAGAGCGGCUGUGUCGUCAUCGUCAUGCUGACGCCGCUGUCUGAAAAUGGAGUGAAGCAGUGUCACCACUACUGGCCAGACGAGGGCUCUGACAUCUACCACAUCUACGAGGUCAACUUGGUGUCUGAGCACAUCUGGUGUGAGGACUUCCUGGUGCGCAGCUUCUACUUGAAGAACCUGCAGACGAAUGAGACACGCACCGUCACCCAGUUCCACUAUUUGUCCUGGAUGGACCGCGGGAUACCCAGCUCUGCAAGGACCCUGUUAGACUUCCGCAGAAAGGUUAACAAGUGCUACCGGGGUCGAUCGUGCCCGAUAAUUGUUCACUGCAGUGAUGGAGCUGGCAGAAGUGGGACUUACAUUCUGAUUGACAUGGUCCUUAAUAGGAUGGCAAAAGGUGCUAAAGAGAUUGAUAUUGCCGCUACCCUGGAGCACUUGAGAGACCAGAGAGCUGCCAUGGUCCAGACAAAGGAGCAGUUUGAGUUUGCACUGACAGCCGUGGCAGAGGAGGUGAACGCCAUCCUGAAAGCACUUCCUCAGUGAAGGCAUCGCCCCCCCAACUCCAACAACACCAUCACCACCACCUUCUUCUCGCUCGCUGAAUACUGCUUCCUCUGCCCACUCCAGACAGACAUCGCUCUCUCUCUCU